UAAAUUAAUAAGUACAUAACCAUAAUAAACUGCCAAAUUGCUAAUUGAAGUGUAUUAUUAUGGCAGAUUGUUAACUUUUGGAACAUAAUUCUAAAUGCCCUUAAAAGAGUGCUUUGAUACCUCAUUGUCUAAUUGAUUGCACUUGCAUUUGUGGAGAUCCAUUUACAUGGCUGUACAUAGUCUGAAGGAUAUGUCUUCCUGUGGGCCUUAGUUCUUCCUUUCAAAAAUCAGAUUCAUCACUCUACUGUUUAUGGAAAUUAAUGCUUGCUAAAAUACAAGGAACCAGAGCACUAUCUAGAAGACAUCUGUUUGGAAAUUGGACUUCUGGCCCCAUUGUUUAUCUCACCACAUAAAGACCACAUCUCUUGCUAAAAUAAAAGCAGUUCUGUGAAAUGUCUGAUAUAGAACUAAAAAUGUCUGAAUUCAGAUAAUGUAAACAACAUUUAAUUUCCUGCCAUGAAUACAGAAUGGUGCAGCCUUGUUUGUGCACACAAUGUAGCAUUUCUGUUUGUUGCUUUGAGCAAUAAAAAUGUGUUUUAGAUGUAAGAGUGCAUGUAUUUCUAGGAUAAGGCAGUUUAUGGAUGUUUAACUGCUCAUAGUUACAUGCCGCCCUGUAUGAAAAGCAAAAUUUUAACAUUGAUUGAAAGGCAGAAUAGUGGUUUUAAAGCACUGCUAACUAAUCAGUUUAUACUUUUGCUUUUAGUUCUCACUGAUGAAUCUGGGUUUGUUUGCACUGAUCCCAGUAUGUUUUACUCAGUUACAGCAAAGAGAUUUUAUUUCAUUAUAGUUCUACAAUUUCUGGCUCAGUAGCCAUCUGUUAGGGUAACUGGAAUAUCUUUACCAAUACCAGAAUCAGAUUUCUAAAGCCUGGAAACCUGACUUUCUAGGAAUGUAGCCUCCAUAUACUGUCUAGACUUCAGAAAUCUGGUUCUGGGAUUGGAAAAGAUAUUCCAACCCUAACAGGCUAUUGUAGAGCCAGCAGAACUAUUGAAGGUAGAUAUACUUUAUAUCUGCUGAAGGAAGUUAUACUUAGGAUGAACGGAAGAAUAUUUCAUAGCUUGCAGCAGGAGGUCAACAAUGCUGUGUUUGUGCCAGGGGACUCUAUUUAGACAAGUGGCUGAUUACAAGUGACAGUGGACUUCACAGAUGAAUUCAGAAUGCUUAUGCUAGGUAUCAACCACUUGUAAUCCUCUGUUAAAUCUGUCCCCUUCCUCCCAUUCAUGCAAUCUGAUAUCCUACUUCUCAAUUAUCUUUUAUCUUCUAACAUACAGGGUGCUGAAUAGUGUUUGGGUACUGCUCAAAAUUCAAAAAAAUGUUCACCGUGUGUCCCACCUGAGUCAUGGCAACAACAGAGUCCCCAAUAUUAGUGGUGUUAGGGUCCAAUGUCUCCAUCCAGGAUCAGGUAACAUAUUCCAGGGGCUCACUUCAUGGGUCAGGCAACAAGGUUCCAAGACUCAACAACAAGCAAGUCAGGCAACUGGUUCCAAGACUCAACAAGCAAGAUGGGCAACUGGUAGAGUCAACAAAACUGCAGACAAAUUGAUCCCAUGCUGGUUUCAGCCUCAGCAUAGCCUUAUAUAGGGAGUUUCCUCUACAGGUGAUGUUGGGGCCCAUGUUAGGCUCAUUUCCACAAGGUAUCAGCUCCUAUUUACAUGAGUAGUGGGGCCCAGAUCUCUUCUGACAUUUCCUCAGCAGGGGAUGGGCAGGCCUUGGACUGCCAAGUGCGCACUUCUGCACCUGGUCCAGGCGUCUGCCCUAGCACUUUGCCUUCUCUGCUCCUGGGGUCCUUCCAAGAGACUGGUUGGUCUGGUAGCGGGAGUGGUUGGGUCCAGGCUUGAUCCUUCUUGUUUGAGGGUCCUGUUGGCACCGUGUCCCUUCAGGGGGGCCCUGAGGAACCUGCCUCAUAAGAGCAGUCUGCCAGAUCAAGGCUUGGGAGCAGAUUGUCCUCCUCCUCUGAUGGACUUAUCUUCCCAUGUGAUACCAUGACACAGUGGUGUCUGACCAAAUCUGUAUAAUUAAAAAGUAUUAAUAUGCAAUAUGGGCAAAUGCAAACAUAGAUUAAAGGAAAAGGCAAACAUUGAAAUCACCAAGAUCACCUCCUAGUACUAUCAGUGUAAGUUCUCUUGAAAAAUCACCGAGCUCGUACAGUGUCUUGAAAGACAAUUAGGACUCUAAAGCAUUCCAAAAUAGAGGAACAUCCUCAUUAUAGCUUCCCAAUUAUAUGAUUUUAGGGAUUGUUACUAAGAGUAUUCUGAAUGGCUACGGUUGUGUGUUUGGGUUGAAUAGUAAUCAAAUUUGUGAACUUGGUAUAUCAAGCCUGGCAUGUUCCGUGGAUUUCAUUUGGAACAAACUGAAAACUCAUCCAGACUGCAGGGGACAGAAGUAAUGUGCCCAGUUAUAGUUCCCCUUCCUAAGAAUGGUUGGACUCUGUCCUACAAGCCAAGUAUUGUGAUAUGUAGUAUCGUUGUUGCCAAAUUUUAGGAUCCAUACAGCAGACAUGAAGAUAUGGGGGUGGGUGGUGGGUGGGAAGAGGUGAAUUGCAAAGUUUUUAAAAAAGAAAAACUAACCCAUCCAUCAAGAAUGAUACUUAGCAUUGUGUUGGUAGGGCUGCAUUGGGCAGUAAAAUUAGUGUUCAGUUUAUGAUAUUUACAUACACUCUUCCUCACUAGUCACAUUACUAACCAACAUUGUGAUUUUAGAUACAGCAAACCAUCAUUACAUUGUCAAGAUGUGGCCCUUUUUCCAUUGUAUAUGUAUUUGAGAUUUCUCUGAUUUUGGUCCAGUUUGAGAGAGGCUAAAAGUUGAAAUGUAUCAAAGAUGCCACCUUAACCAUCAUUCUAAACUUUUAUGUCCACAUUUUCUGGUAGAUGGAUUUUGACUAUUAAUUUGGUUUUGUAUGUUUUUUCUGUGUGAUAUUUGUGCAUUAUUAGAUGACUAGACUGGCCAAGGCAGACCUGUUACACUUGCCUGAGUUAGGCAUUGUUUGCCAUGCCACUAAACCUGCCGCCAAGUGACAACUUCAUGGGGGAAAUGAGAGCGAAGUCUGGCCUGCAGAAGAUGGACGCCUGUCUCUGUUUUUAUUAUUUUACUUUGUUUCUGUUUCUUUUUUUUAAUUUUGUCCCUUUUUUGCUUUAAUUCUUUCAUUUCUAUUUGUGAACUGGUUCUUCAGUUCUGUAAAAAUGGUGUUCUGUUAUAAGGGUUCAUGAUUCAUUUUAAACUUGACUCUGUGAAACUGCUCAUAGAUGAGAAUUCCCUCAGCCAAACAUUCUUUAUCAAUCUGAACUAAGUACCACCUUGGAGCUGAUUUAGUAAUCCAUCUGGAUGCAAUCCAAGCAUGCGUACCUGGAAGUAAAUUCCAUUGAAAUCACUUCCAAGUUGACCAUGUUGGGAUUAGGCUGCUUGGUGAGUGAAGUAUUACAUUUGGUUUUGUUGGCUCAAGCUAUUGAAGCUGUUAGAUAUGUGGACUUUUUCUGGACUACACUUUCAAGAGUUCACUUCUUCUGAAAUGUCUUUUGAAACUCCCUUGCUUGAUUUUUCCCCCCUGGAACCUCUGAUUCUUACAAGAAAAAUCAUAGACCGUAUCUAAUCAGUGCCAUUCUCUAGAAAGACAGUGGGACCCUUCACAUGCUCAUUGAAUGGUACAGGAACAAUCUUGUGGGAUGUUUUCUCAUACAGCUGCAGUAUUUAGUGAAUAUUGCAAUGGUAUGGGAGAGCACCACAGGGAAGAGGGUCCCUUUGUAACUGGAUGAUAAUGUGCAGGUGGCCAUUGUCAUUUCAAGCUGUGUCUUUGACCAAAGUAGAAGAUAAUUAUAUUUAUUUUAAAUGUUCUAGUUUCUGAAAUUUAAAAAAUUGGAGAGCGUUCAGAUCUCUUUAAACGGAUUAUGAAGUAUUGACCAGUGUUUGUUUUGUAUACUGUCUUCUCUUUACUGUAGCAUUCUAUGGGAAGAUGGAACCCGCCAUUUAUUUGUCUCGUGAACCUUGAAAUAUGAUUACGGCAUACUUUCUUAGGUACAGCAGACACACAGAAGUGUUUUCGUUGUCAAGUUAUCUACAUAAACUACCCAAGAAAAUAUCAACAGUUCUUGUUGCAUUUUUCAGCAGCAGUUAUGAGAGACAGCACAAAUUUAUACUGUCACCUUUUUCAUCGCAUUCUUCUCUUUAAAUAAAAAUUUCACCUACUCUGAAACUUCUGGUAAUUUUUAUGUGAACACAUGCAGAAUAAUAUUGUUAGCUAUAGAUCUUCCUGAUGAUACUGAUUUUUCUAGUGGAAUGUUGUUCAUUAAAGCUAAAGCCACUUUAAACUUUUUGGAGAUAUAAAUCUGACCUCAAAAGGGGGGUAAGAUACCUUCCCAAGAGUUUAAAUUGAGAGAAAUAAAUGGUAACACUAAAAACUCAUUAUUAAUAUUAAUAUUAAUAAUGAAUUGGAUCAGUUGCUAUUAAUCAGUUUAAAAUGACAUGGUAGGAGUGAAUACCGUGUGUGUGUUUGUGUGUGUGCUUCAAAUCAUUGUUUUUGAAAAUCUCAUUUAGUUAUCCCCAGUGCUCUGUGUUUUGUAGAUCAGGAGUCCAACCUCUAUAAAUGUCUGCUUUUUUUAGGGAAUGGGUUCUUCUGAAAUACAUUUUUUAUUUUGCUGGACUUGUAUUUCAUUUUGAUCACCAGAUUAGGAAAACUAUUAUAUAUAUUUAUAUUAGAUAUAUUUAAAUAGAACAAAACAAAAUUGCAUCAGAUUAUUUAACUAUAAUAUUUUUAUUGCAGAGAAAAGGCAGUUUAGGAAAUCUACUAGAUUUUUUAAGAUUAUUUUUGUUAAACAUUCUUGAUUAUCAAAAAUAGACAUUACAUUAAAAAAUCUGGUUUUAAAGAUCAGUCAUAUUCAACCACCUUUUUUAGGUGGUUCGAUUUUUUUCUUGUAAAGUAUUCACCAAUUCUUUUUCCUGCUCAGGAAAGAUUCCUGCUCAGUUGACUAAUCUAUAUAGUUUCCAUAGCAACAGUAGUUUUUUUGUUUCAGAUUAAUAUUUUAUUUUGAGGACCUGAACAAAGCAAAGUCUUAUUUCAGUCAGUGGCAAGUUUCACAUUGACUUCACCCAUUUUCAAUUGCACUCAGUUGAUUUUAAGAAAUAACAACACUUACGUUCAUGGACGCACUGGAAAUCCUGAGACUCUGAUCUAUAGUUCAUACUUGGGACAUCAGCCAUGGCUAAGCAAGGUGGGCCUGGUGUAUUUUCAGCCCACAUCAGUAUCUGAAUAGCUACUUCAGAUUUAAAAUGGUUUUGCUGCUGUGUUAACAUUGUUUAUUGUUAGACAUUGUUCAACACUUGUUUUUUCUUCAGAAACCCUGUUAAGUUUGGGAGUUUGACAACCACAGCAUAGGUUUUCAAAAUACACAUGAAAAAAUUCAUUUUUAUGUGAUACUAUUUUUAUCUUGUUUACUUACUUAAAAUAUAUAUAAGCCUACCAACAGAGACCCAAGGAGGGAGACAGACUAAAAAACCAUAACAGUGAUAAAAUAUAUAAAAUCUCAUGCUAUUAAAACUGCCAGCAGAAACCUUAUAGAUACUAAACAUGACAGACUACAGAAGCUGGCAUGAGAUUCCAAAGGCUCUCUCAUGCCUUACUGCCCUUGCAAAACUUCAAGAGCCUUGCUAAUUUCUCUUGGAAGGUUCUGUGGGGCUGGAGUGGCUUCAGAGAGAGUCCACAAGUCAGCAGAAAUUGAAUACACAAAUACACCAUCACAGGGUUUGAGAUAACCAACAGAUGCUGCUAUGCUAAGCGAACUUACUGCAUGAGUUUAUAUUGUGAGAAAUGGUUUUCUGAUAAAAUACUUUUAAAAUUUAUUCCACCAAAGCAUAAGAGGGUGGAAGCAGGUAGGGUUUUUGUCCUUUGAAAUCAAUUUCUAUUACAUUUCUGUAGUUUGGAGAUAUCACAAGUAAUAAGAGAUUCUUUGAGCUCUGAACUGACUAGAAUAAUUAUGGUUUGUCAAGUAACAGAAAGUGUUACUUCAAGCAAAGGCGACUUUUCAUCAAAACACUUGCUAUAUGCAGUUAAUAGUUUUCAGUUUUUCAGCUAAUCCUUAUAGAUUUUGUGUUGAUAAGAGUGCUUUACUCUUGAAAUUUCUUAGUAAAUCUGCUUAGGUAUCCAUUGUACACAAACACUUUGUAGCUCAUCUUAUGACAGGUUAGGGAAAACCUACAUUGGUUAUGCUCAUUGUGACUCAAUUACACAUAACCAGGGCUAAUGCUAAACAUGGUUUCUUGGCCUUAACCCUGGUUAUUAUUCCAAACAUACAGGGAAGCUUACUGUUCUCUGUCAUGUAUAGAGACGUCACUGAAACUUUUUUGUCAGCUUGCAAGUGGAGUGGUGGGUAAAUUUCCUUACACCCAUGGCUUGCUUGCUAGAGAUACAAUGCUCAACCAUGAUUAUAUCUGCGUUGGUCUAGUGUCAUUUAUCACUAAAAUCCUCAGAACCUCCACUCUCCUGAAAUUAAGGAAGCUGAAGUUACCUGCAGUGACUUUCUAAACAGUUGCAUCCUUCAACGUCCAUUGACUCCCAUUGAAUUUGGAAAGUGCAAGCCUGCUCAGGGUUGCACUGUUAACCUAAAAAGCAGCGUAGAUAUAAGUUUUCUUGCCCUUCCUGACUUCUUGUGCCAGUUUGACUGUUGCAGUCAUUUGGUAACUUUUUUUCAUCCAGCCACCUUUAGCAGAAGAAAAGGGCAGAUUUUGGUCCGCACACUCCUAUUCCUCCUUUUUUUUUUCCUUUUAACUGAUUUGGUUAUUUGCCAUUUCUGGGGAUUAAACUUUAAAAAAUGUUCUUCUUUUCUGUAUCUGAUGUUCUGUGUGCUAUUAGUGAUGCAGCCAACACGAACGGUUGUCAUGUGUAACACAACUUUCGAUCACCGUGAAAACAACGUCCUGCGAAAGCGUCCAUGCUUGAUAUCGUUUGGUUCAUGAACAUUAAGUUUCCAGUACAGGUAAAAUUCCAGAUGAAGCCAAAGCCCUGUCUCUCUUGGCUCCUGCCCCAACAAUGACAAGCCUGAUGCCGGGUGGAGGAUUGCUUCCUAUACCAACACAAAGUCAUUUGAGUCAGCUUGGUGUUUCUCUUAGCCCACUGGGAGCUAUACCUGCAGCAGCAUUGGACCAUAAUAUUACAACCAUUGGAGACAUACCCCAGCCACCCAUUAUGGGCAAUGUUGAUCCUUCCAAAAUUGAUGAAAUUAGAAGAACUGUGUAUGUUGGAAACUUGAACUCUCAGACUACGACAGCUGAUCAAUUGCUUGAGUUUUUUAAGCAAGUUGGAGAAGUCAAAUUUGUGCGGAUGGCAGGAGAUGAGACUCAGCCAACACGCUUUGCUUUUGUGGAAUUUGCUGAUCAAAAUUCUGUACCUCGAGCCCUAGCCUUUAAUGGUGUUGUGUUUGGAGACAGGCCACUGAAAAUCAAUCACUCCAAUAAUGCAAUAGUGAAGCCUCCUGAAAUGACACCACAAGCUGCUGCUAAGGAACUGGAAGAAGUGAUGAAGAGAGUACGGGAAGCUCAGUCUUUUAUAUCUGCAGCAAUUGAACCAGAGUCUGGAAAGAGCAGUGAAAGAAAAGGUGGUCGAUCGCGCUCCCAUUCACGUUCAGAAUCCAGAUCUAGUUCAAAAUCUCGAAGGAAAAGAUCGCGCUCAAAUCACAGGAGUAGAUCACGCAACAGAUCACACUCUAGUCAGAAGGAGAGACUCCGAUCCAGAACUCCAACCAAAAAGCGUUCAAAAUCUAAAGAACGACGAAGGUCCAGAAGCCGUUCCCAUUCUCGAGAGAAGAAGAAGGAAAGCAAAGACAGAAUCAGAGAAAAAGAAAAGCCAAGAGAAAGAGACCGUGAUAAGGAAAAAGAGAAGGAGCGGGAGAGGGACAAAGACAAAGAAAGAAGCAGAGACAAAGAUAGGGGCAGAGAUCGAGAGCGAGAUAAGGAAAAGACCAAGGACAGAGACAAAGAUCGCAUAAAAGAGAAAGAGAAGGAUAAAGAGAAGGAAAAGGACAGGGAUAGAGAAAAGGAAAGGGGAAAAGAUAAGGAAAAAGUUUUAGCAACAGAAAAAGACAAAGCAGAGGACUUGGAAAAAGAGGGCAGUAAGGACAAAGAGAGGGAGAUGGAGAAAGAGGGAGACAAGGAGCAAGAUGGCAGUGAACAAGAAAAGGAAAAAGUGGAGGACAAAGGAAAGGAUCAAGAGAAAGACAAAGAUGGGGAAAAAAUAAAUGAAAAAGACAAAGAGAAGGACAAGGAAGUAGAAAAGGAGAAGGAGAAGUCAAAAGAAAAAGAGAGGGAAAGAGAGAGAGAUGAAAGAAGAAAAAAGGAGAAGAGAUCUCGGACCCCUCCCAGAAGCUACAGUUCAUCAAGAAGGUCACGUAGUACCAGCAGGGACAGACGGAAGAGGAAGAGCCGAAGUCCCUCAAAGUCUCCUAGACCAUCCAAAACAACAAAAAGGAAAUCUUCUCGGUCACCAUCUCCAAGGAGAAACAAGAAAGACAAAAAGAAAGAAAGAGACUCAAGUAAUGAUAGGAGAGAGAGGGAGCGGUCUACAUCCAAGAAAAAGAGCAGCAAAGAUAAAGAUGUGAAAGAAAAGUCUGAGAAAACCACGGUGUUUAAGGAUAAAGAUCUUAGUAAAGAGACUCAGAAUUCUGAAACUGACAAAGCCGAGGAGGAUAGAGAAGUGGCAGAAGAAGUCAAGCUACAACAGAAUGGGAACUGUCAGCCAAAUGAAGAAAACCUCUCAGUUAAAACAGAGGAAGUAUAAAGUGUUGAUUGGACGGACCUCUGACCCAUCUGUGGAAGGACAUACAAAGCUUUUUCUGUCUCCCCCUCUUCUUCCUUCUCAUGUCCUAAACAAGGAUAAACAGUACUGAGUAAUCAGCCGGAUGCAUUCUAUUGUGCUAUCAGUUCUUCCGGUUAUUGUGGUGGGUUGGCAGUCUUGAAGACAAGCAAGAAGCAGCACUGACCAAUAGCAUAUGUUGUGACAAAAGCCAGUGGUAUCACACCUGAUCGUUUGUAGGAAUUCUUGUGUUUCUCUAAUGAUAAGAUCGGCCAUCAGCUAUUACAAAUAAGUGGAAGUAUGUAAUCUGUAGCACCCAGAAAAGCUACCGGUAUGCAUUGGAAGUUGUUAAAAUAUUGGUAGUUUAAUGAAUUUUAUGUUUUAUUUUGUGGGUUUUUAAACUAAACUCUGUGUAACCUGUUUUGAUAAUGUGCUUGAACAUGGUGCAGAAAUACACUUGCUUCCUUUAUUGUUGUAAAUGACAGUGAUGAAAAGUUUUAACUUAACAACUUUUACAGUUACUGUGUUUAUGCCCACAAAAGCUAGUGAAGAUUCUUUCCUUUGUUGCUUGUGACUUUUUUUUUUAUAUUUUAAGAAAUUUCCUUCCCAAUAGGUCUAAAAUCUUUCUCUUACUAGUAGUCAGUCAAUGCAUGCUAAUACUCUGAUUCUAGAAAGAACGGCCAUGUUAAUACUGGAUUUCCAUUCUUCCAACUCUAAGCACAUCUGUGUCGUAAUCAGAACAACUGGCUUUGUUUUGAGCUGUAUUGCAGCGUGCAAGGCACAUGCAAAUAGGGACAAAUAACCUGUGAUGAAAAUAAAUGUUUGCUUUCAAACUGGGAUAUGAAAGCACAAGCUGAUGGUUUAGUGCCUUCUUUGAAACACAGAGUACUGAUUUCUGGAAAUAUGUAUGCUUUAUAAUUCCAUCUUUGUUGAAUCCUUCUUGGUGGUCUAGAUUAGAAUUUGAGAGGUCUGUCAGCCUUUUUUGUCUUCAGUUAUUCAGUAAUGCGUUGAUUUGUUUAAAUGGAAAAAUGGUGUAGGUAAAAUCAAUGUUCAAGGGUCAUCGUAAGAUAGGCACAAUUCAGUCAUUCUAUACAUUGCUGUACUGUAUGCCACUUCAGUAUGUCAAGUCAGGGAGCUGAAGAGUUCUGUAUAAAAGUAUUUCCUCUUAACCUGGGCUGCGGAUUGGACAGAGUGUCUAACGCUGCAGCCAAAGGUACCGUUUAUGUUAAUCAUCCUUUUGAACAUCCCUAACAUUUUCUUCUCAUCUCUGAUACCGCUUGUGUAACAGGAUGGGAAUGGUAGAGUCCACUUUCUUUGUUGGAAAAAGAGCCCAGAACAGAACAGGACAUGGGUCAGUGCAACCCCUCACAGGCCUCCUUCCAUUUGUACAAGAGUGGUGACAAAAUGCAGACCUUAACUUUGACCUUAUACUAAAAUGAAGACCUCUUUUGAAAAUAGCAGAAUACAAUCAGAUUGCCUUACCUCACAGGAAAGCAUUACUUCAGUCUAAUAGAAAAGCCAAGUAGUGUAUUCAUGAGUUGCUUUCAAUUUGUGUUUUCCAAAUUGCAGUUAAUAGUUACAGGAAAUGUAAACAUUUUAUGGUGAUCUUACAAGGUUGUGUUAUAAGGUAAUGAAACCCAGGUUGAUUGUGACACAGCUUUAAUUGCCCCUUUUUGGAGUUCAAAGGUGUAUGUGCCCCACCUCCAGCCUCUAUGUACAUGAAAACUAUAGUGAAUGCUUUACCAUGUAAAGUAUGGACAGUCAUUUUUGUGAUGUUUAAGCCACAUGCAGUUAGCUGGCAACAGCUUAUUCUGACAAUAAAGGAAUGACAAAUCUCAUGCUUCUUGAAA